UUCAGGAAAGUGAUCAUAGAACUCUACGGAGACACCAAGAGACCCGGACAGGAAACUGGACUCAGGGAAACUUAUCACUCCUUUCUUCUUCUUCUGUUUUAAACCAUCACCUGUACCUGGACCCGGUGAUGGAGCUGAUGGGCCGGCGCCGAGAUGAGCAGCCAGGGGCGCACGAGGAGGUCUGGACGCGGAGGUCUCAGUGAGGCAGGCUGAGGCCUCAUGUGUCGGGCCUCCUGUGUGUCCUGGUCCUCGCAGCGUCAGAUGUCCCAGGUGUGUCUCUUGGCCUUGCUAAUGCUCUGCAGCUGCACGAAGGUCUCCUCUACUAACUCCCUGGAGCUGGUGAAGGAGCAGUGGAGCAGCUACAGGAACCAGUGCUUGGACCACCUCCAGGCCACGCCCCCCGCCACAGGGCUGGUGUGUAACAGGACCUUCGACCAGUACGCCUGCUGGCCCGAUGGACUCCCAGGGACCUCCGUCAACGUGUCCUGCCCCUGGUUCCUGCCCUGGUACAGGAAAGUCCAGCAGGGUCUGGUCUACAGAGUCUGCAGUGGAGACGGCCAGUGGGCCGUCAGGAACACCAGCGAGUGUGAGGACGACCCUGGAGAGCAGCAGUAUGGGCGUAUCCUCAGCCAGCUGCAGGUCAUGUAUACGGUGGGAUACUCUCUCUCUCUGGGAGCUCUGCUGCUGGCUCUGGGGAUCCUCAUCACCUUCAGGAAGCUGCACUGCAUGAGGAACAACAUCCACAUGAACCUGUUCUCCUCCUUCAUCCUGAGAGCCGUCUCCAUCCUGGUGAAGGACGCCCUGCUGACCCUCACCCUGGACCCCCGCGCCGCCGCCCACGCCACCCGGCCGCCAGGCUGGGGCGCCAUCCCGGCGGUGACGUGGUGUCGUGGCGCCAUGGUGAUGAUGCAGUACAGCGUGAUGGCCAACAACUAUUGGCUGCUGGUGGAAGGAAUCUACCUGCACAGCCUGCUGGUCAUCACCGUGUUCAGCGAGAGGAAGUACUUCUACAUCUACCUGGCCAUCGGCUGGGGUGCUCCGCUCAUCUUCGUGCUGCCGUGGAUCACAGUCAAGUCUCUCUAUGAGAAUGAGGAGUGCUGGGAGAGAAACAUUAAUAUGGGAUUCUGGUGGAUCAUCCGCUCUCCCAUUCUGUUCGCUUAUCUGAUUAACUUCUUCAUAUUUAUACGGAUCAUUAAGAUCCUGAUGUCUAAACUCAGAGCUCAUCAGAUGAGAUACACGGACUACAAGUUCAGAUUAGCAAAGUCCACUCUGACGCUGAUUCCUCUGCUGGGGAUCCACGCCAUCCUCUUCACCUUCGUCAUCGACGAGUCCGUCCCUAAAGGCUCCAUGCUGCGCCUCAUCCGCCUCUUCUGUGACCUGCUGUUCAACUCCUUCCAGGGCCUGCUGGUUGCCAUUCUCUACUGCUUCGUCAACAAAGAGGUGCAGUCUGAGAUGCUGAAGAAGUGGAAGCGGUGGAAGUUGGGUAAGGACAUCGAUGAGGAGUACCGCCACACCCACAGCCAGACGCCGCACGUCAAGAGCGGCAGCAUCGCCACCGGCAACCUGCCCUAUCUCCAUGACAACAACGACAGCGAGCCCGGCGGCGACUCGCCUCGCCUCAACAAAGCCGCCGGAGACGCCUCGCGCGGCGCCGCUCCCGAGGAGAACCGCAGGCUGGUGGUGUCCUACAGCAACGGGAGGAGCGCGGCGGCCAAGUGCCGGCUGCAGUUCUCCUUCCUGCCACACCGAGGCGCCGGCCGCCACGCCAGCAGCACGGAGGACGCCAGUCUGGAGGACAAGCUGCAGCGCUGCACGUCCUCUGUGGACGGAGAGACGAACGUCUGAGGACGAGCAGAUCACUGAUGGACAGGAACUAGACACAGAUCAGGAGGUUCUUCUGCUGAUUCAUCUUUACUGGCUUUGGGACCUUGAGCAGAUUUGUUUUAUCAGGAAUGAUAAAAUAAAAGAAAAGGACUCACAUCUUUCCAUCCGUACGCUGUCGUCGUGGUGAUGGCGCCUGCGUUGUGUGCGAUGGACGCUCGUUGUUUUUGUGGUACAAAGACCCUCAAAGUGUCAAGUUUUUUACUGCUUUGGUUUCAUGGAAACAGAAUGUGGACUUCUGCAUGCGACUCGUGACUCGUCUUGCUGCCAUGAAGAGACGAGGAGGCUUUAAUGUUUAACUUAUUCUAGUUCAAAUGACCAAACUAGAGAAUAAUAACAAUACACCACGGAGGUUUUACGUCCAACGGAAAUCAAAUCCACUGUUUAAUGCACAUUCCUUGCUUUGUGUCGAUAUAAAGCCCGCCGGUCUGCUUUUAACAGAUUUUCCUGACUGAAUGUAUAAGGAGAAAUAUGGGUAAAACUCUAUUUAAGUGUAUAUAUGUAAUUAGAAAUGUGCCCACAGCAUUUAUCCAGCCAGGAGACUUGAUUGAGUUCUUGAUUGAUUCUCGUGCAGACUUGACACACUAAGUGACUUGGACGGACAGCAAUCAUGGUUCUGUUUCAGCCGUAAGUCUUCUGUAGGAUGGAGGCAAACACUCAACGUAAAGUGGUAUUCUACACAAUCGGAAAAAAUCCUUUUUAUGUGAUGGAAAGCUUUUUCAUUUCCCAUCAUAAUGAGUGAAUAUGUUUAGUUGAGAAGAGCAGCAGACAGCUGAACAACCUGAUUUUGGUGUUUUUGUUAUUCCUUCGUUCAUGUUUCAUGACUCAGAAAGCAAAAUGUGCCACACAGAACCACUUUUAUCAUUUUAAACUGAGAAAAUGAGCAUAUUAAAGCAAGCACUGGUGUGGUUUCAACAUUUAGAUUCAGUACAGAAAUGGAUUUACUUCACCAAGGGAUUCCUGAUGAACUUUUGGUCGAGGAUGAUAAACACUGUAAAUAUGAAUAAAGUGAAUAUGGGUGUUUUGAAGAGAAAGACGGGUGGGUGGUGGGCUUUGUUGUUCUUCUGUUCUUCUGCUUCAGUCCAGGUGAUUAAAAACAAGGACAAACAUGAUUAAUUAUCUUGAGGAAAGACACAGAACAUGAUUGUACCUGUCCUUUAUUUAAAGUGUCAAAGCAAACAAUGUGAUGAGAGAAAGCAAAAAGUUUCUUUUUAAUAAAGCCAAAUGUUUGUGUCUCAUACGUCUCUGUGGAUCCAAUUAAACUGAAUUCUGUCAGCAUUAAAAGUCUCACUAUAUCUUGUGUCAAUUCAACAUAUGACAGAGAUAUAAGCGUUUCUCCAGUUAUUCAGAGUUGAUUGAUCGUGAGCUGACACACUAUUCACAAAUUUGUGAGUCAAAUAAGUGAAAUAUUUGUACUUAACUGACAUUUUGUGGCAGCAGAAAUAUUCCGUCUCAACAUGCUAAAAAACGAGACACACAAAUGAAAUGAAGUCAUGUGUGCACAUGUCCGUAUAUGAUGUGCAGUUAUUGCACAUUAUGAUUGACUGCAAAGCCAAUCAGUGGACUAACCAUCAAUCAAUGCACGUUUCCAUUGGAGACGACUGCAACAUGAAAUUAUAAUGACUCCACUGUGUGUUGAUACGCAGAGGGUAAUAAGAUGUCAGCAAAUGAAUUAUUUAUUGGUUCCAUGUCUAAUAAUGUGUGUGUGAUGGGAACACCUCCCUCUCCAUGACUGAAUCUACAUAAAACAGAGAACAUGAGAACAUUUACCACUGGAGGCUCUGAAGCGUCUGCAUGGAAACAGAAUCUUUCACUUUGUGUCAAAGA